UCGGGGCGGGACGGGGCGGGGCCGUCCUGGCACGGGGAGGGAUGAGGCGGGGCCGCCCAGCCCUGGGGCGAGGUGGAGGCGGAGCCGGCACGGGGCGGGGCCGGCGUGGCGUGGGGCGUGGCAGGGGCGGGGCGAGCCGCCGGCGGGCAGGGGCAGCCGCUAGUGCGCAUGGGCGGGUGUCGUGUGCUGCCGUAACUGACCUCAGGCGUAUAUACGGUGUGGGAAUCGUUGAGGAGGCAGUUCGCUACGCGCUCCCGGUCGUCAACAGGCCUGACGAAGCAAGUACCCUGAAGGAAGGUGUACAGAAAGGGGAGGCGGCGAUCGUGACCGUCACCGGAAGCGAGUACUUGGUGAAGCCGGUGGAGGAGGAGGAAGAACCGAUGAAGGUGGAAAUGGCCCUGGACUCUGAUGACCUCAGCUCAGGGGAGGCCCAGCUGGACCCCAUCCUCCUGGGGCUGGAGGCUGAUGAGGAGAAAUGCCGGAGCAUCCGCAAGCAGUACCGGCAGCUGAUGCGGAGCGUGCAGCACAACCGCGAGGACAUCGUGAACACGGCCAGCAACUCGCUCACCGAGGCGCUGGAGGAGGCCAAGGUGCUGUUCGAUGGCGUGAGCCGCACCCGGGAGGCGGCCCUCGACGCCCAGUUCCUCGUUUUGGCUUCUGACUUGGGGAAAGAGAAGGCGAAGCAGUUAAACUUUGACAUGAGCUUUUUUAACCAAGCAGCGUUUUGUGACUUCCUGUUCAUAUUCAUGGGCCUAAACUGGAUGGAAGACGAGCACCACGAGCUGAGUAGCUGUGAUGGGACCGCGGCUCUUCACUUCUGGGAGACGCUCCAGAAGGAAGCAGCAUGCUGGAUGCUGCGAGCGGAGAAUUUCCGCUAUAUCUUUGGUUCGUUCAAGCCAGAACCUUCCGUACGAAAGCCUCGACUUGAACAUCAGAAGAGAGUUCGCAGACUGAAGGGAAGCGGAGACAUGCCCACAAAGUUGAGGAAGCUGGACCUCAGUAGUAAUCAUGAGGCUACAGAGAAAGAAGUGGAGAGAAUCCUGGGGUUGCUGCAGACGUACUUUCAGAAGUACCCCGACAGUCCUGUGUCUUAUUUUGAGUUUGUGAUCGACCCGAACUCUUUCUCUCGCACCGUGGAGAACAUAUUCUAUGUUUCUUUCAUUGUAAGGGAUGGCUUUGCAAGAAUAAGCCUCGACCAGGACAGACUGCCAAUAUUAGAGCCAAUUAGUAUUAACCAAGUAGAUGAGGAAAAUGAUCCCAGUUUUCAUAGCAGGAAACAAGGAAUUAUCUCUCUGAGUUUACAGGACUGGAAGAAUAUAGUGGCAACUUUUGAAAUUUCAGAGGCUAUGAUCACAAACUCGUACUAGAAAGAUUUUUGUUGCUAGUGUAGGAACUAUUUUGUGUUUCCUGAAAUAUCUCAAAAAAUGGAGAGUGAAAUCUAAACAGAAAUGUAUAUUGUAUCCCAUGCAAAGUGAAAAAGUGUUUUAAGAACAUCAGAAGUUUUACUGUGCACUAUAUUUUUCUUGAUAAUUUACAAUGUCAUGGUCUUUGGUUAUUAAAAAAAUUUCAUUGAUAACCUUUAUGGGAAGUUUUUCUUUUUAAUGCCCUAUGUGUAAGUCUGUAUUUAAAAAGUAGAUUCUAAGUUUCAUAAACACAAGAGUAUUUUACAGUUUCCAAAAAAAAAAAAGUUACGUUCUGCAACUUUAUUUCCUAUAAGGGGCUCCUAAUGAGGUUGGGGGAAGAUGGAUUAAAAGUGGUCAAGUAAAACCACCUACCUAUAAGGGAAUGACUAUACAACAUUAAAACGCCUUUUUUUUUUUUUUUUUAAGACUACACUUGAGAUACCAUUUGUUAAGAUACAUGAAUGUCUAUAUUCUUAAUUUCCCUUGUGAUUGACUCAGCAGAAGUAGAGUGUCUCUAGUGUAGUUGUCAAAAAACAUCAACUAUGAGGUGAAGGGUGAGUAGGAAUUAAAAGAUAGGAAGGGCAAUCCAGGCAGGGGCAUAAGUGAGGCCAAACUUGUGGAAUUGUCAGAAUUUAGGGUGCAAGAGGACAUCAGGUUUUUGGGAAAAUGGUUUUCUUUGAAUGCUAAGCUGGCAAAUUGGAUGACCUCAUCUAUUAGUAUCCUCAGAAGGGGAGAAUAUUUUUGUCAGGCUACUUCAACCACAGAAUCUAUAAUGUUGCGUUGUAGGCUUUGUCUUACUGGUUAAUUUCCUUCCUAGUUCCUGGAUUCCCCUUGUAAUUUCUGCUAGUGGGCUGUGUCCUUCAGAGUCUAGAGUUUCAGCGUGUUAGAACUGAAUGUUUGUCUCAGGUCUGUUUGCACCGUUUAUCCAAUUCUUCAUUUAGUAUAAAACUAUAAAGCAUUUUGUUUAAAAUUGUUUUAAGAAUAUUAAUUGCAACCAUAUUUAGAGAUGACUGCCUAAUAUUUGAGUCACUAAGUAAAUAACCUCAGAAUUUGCAGUGGGCAUGCCCAUAGGCUCUUAAUCUUUGCUAGUUGAGGAAUUUUGCCAUUAAACGUAAUUUGGCAAGUGAGUAUGUUAUCUCUGAUGCUUAGUGGUACUAACAGUACUUUCAUACUAAGUCUAGUGUGGUACCAAUAACGGCAAGAUCAGUAGGAGGGAUAUUAUGUGGGAAGGGUUCUGCACCAAUAAUGCAGCAGAGGUUGUAGCAGAGAGUUUUUCAUGAAACUGUCCCAGCUAUUUUCUAAAGUAGUCAUUCCUUCCCCUUUCUCCCCUAAAGAAGGGCUAACCCUUCUGAGUGUUUACUGUGCUUUAUCUGUAAGGGAAGCAUCCUUGGGUCUUACUGGCCCUUACUUCACCAUCACAAGUUCUGUGCUGUUGGAGGAAGAGAUACAUAGUCCCACUGGGAGCAGAAAGAUCCUGUUUCAGUUCCGCACUCAGCAUCACAUUGUUCUGUCAUGAUUGCCUCGUGUCUUCACUAGGAGUGUUUACAUGUAGUGAUGACUUAUCAGCUUCAGGAGAGAAUGUAGAGGUUUUACAAAAGGUGUUUUUUUUUUUCUUUUUUUUUUUUUUGCAUUUUCCCUGAAGUUAUAGCUGUACGUAUAAAGUUAUCCACUUGUUUUGUUUCUUUCUGUACUGGUGAUUGUGACAUACAGGGUGCCACAUCAGUUUGAAAUUGAAGCCACUGCUUGCAUUAAAUAAAAACUGGCCAAUGGGGAGAAUUACAGAGAUAAAGAACCAACAGGGGCCAGCACCAUGGCUCACUUGGUUAAUCCUGUGCCUGCGGCGCCGAUAUCCCAUAUGGGUGCCGGUUCUAGUCCCAGUUGCUCCUCUUCCAGUCCAGCUCUCUGCUGUGGCCCGGGAAGGCAGUGGAGGAUGGCCCAAGUGUUUGGGCCUCUGCACUCGCAUGGGAGACCCAAAGAAAGCACCUGGCUCUUGGCUUUGGAUUGGCGUAGCUCCGGCAGUAGCGGCCAUUUGGGGGGCAAACCAAUGGAAGGAAGACCUUUCUCUCUGUCUCUCUCACUGUCUAACUCUAUCUGUCAAAAAAAAAAAAAAAAAAAAAAAAAAAAAAAGAACCAAAU